AUGCAGAGACACGUUUGUGCAAGGAACUUCAGACGUCUUUUCUCAUUAAGGAACUCUUGCCUAUCUAAAAGAUUCCAGUCCUCUUCAUCUGGUGCAGCCGACAACUCUAGCAAUAAUGAUGAAGUAAUACUGCUGCAACAGAAGCUUUUGUACGACGAAAUUAGAGCAGAAUUGAAAUCUCUAUCUCAAAUUCCUGAAGAUGAAAUAUUGCCCGAGUUGAAAAAGUCAUUAGGGGAAGGCAAGCUGUCCGCUAAAGAACAGCUACUGGAGACUGAGUUGAACAGUCUGUUCAAAAAUUACGCCCAGUUGAACAAGUUGUUCGACAAUAAGACACUAGUUGGACAAUCUUCGACAACGAGUGUGACAGCAGCCACUCCAGGCAGGCCUUACCCCAAUCUUAUACCUUCUGCCAAUGACAAACCAUAUUCUUCUCAAGAGCUGUUCUUGCGUCAGCUGAGCCAUUCCAUGCAUACGGCUAAAUUAGGUGCAAACAUUUCGAAGGUUUACUAUCCUCAUAAGGACAUUUUCUAUCCGCCCCUCCCUGAAAACAUUACUAUUGAAAAUUUAAUGUCUGCCGGUGUACACUUGGGCCAAUCCACCUCACUUUGGAGGUCUUCCACGCAAUCUUACAUAUACGGUGAAUACAAAGGUAUUCACAUAAUAGAUUUGAACCAAACUUUGUCUCAUUUGAAAAGAGCCGCCAAGGUAGUGGAGGGCGUCUCGGAGUCCGGCGGCAUUAUUUUGUUCUUGGGCACAAGACAAGGCCAGAAGAGGGGACUAGAAGAGGCUGCCAAAAAGACACAUGGCUAUUAUGUCUCUACAAGAUGGAUCCCGGGCACUUUGACGAACUCUACCGAAAUUUCUGGUAUUUGGGAAAAGCAUGAAAUCGAUUCUCAUGAUAAUCCCACGCAAAGACCGCUGUCACCGAACGAAACUUCGAAACAAGUUAAGCCAGACUUAUUAGUCGUGUUGAACCCUACCGAAAACAGGAACGCCUUGUUAGAAGCUAUCAAAUCAAGAGUUCCGACUAUUGCAAUUAUCGAUACUGACUCCGAACCUUCUUUGAUUACCUACCCUAUUCCAGGUAAUGAUGACUCGUUGAGAUCUGUCAACUUUUUACUGGGAGUUUUGGCGAGAGCUGGCCAAAGAGGUUUACAAAAUCGUUUAGCUAGAAACACCAGGAAAUAG